CAGGAAUCCUUCGAGUGUGGCACCUGAACAUGUCGAAGUGGCUCUACAGGACAGUGAGAAGCCACGCGAGAAAUCUUUGGCUGAGACCACCAAUGAGCACACACAAAAGUCAGAGGAGGAAGAGAAAAAGGGAGCACUAACCGUCUUUGUUUGCUCUCAAGAAUUUGAGAUAGCAUGUGGAUGCGCGAUCUUCUACAGCGUGGUUGUGAUUUGUUUGCAGACCGACGCAGUGGAUGCGCCAUUUUUCAUCCAGUUUUCAGAGAGCUCUGUCACUGCCUUCUUUUUAUUCGAGUGGUGCUUGCGUGUGAUUGCCUUUGGGUGGAAAUGGUUCAAGGAGUUCGGACCUUGGCUGGACACCUUCAUUGUGUGGUGUCCUGGAGUCAUCGUUGUGUGGGUCAUGCAGCCAAUGCAGGUUGACCCAUCGAUGAGUGAUCCCUUCAAAUUUUUUCGCAUUGCUCGCAUGCUUCGAUUUGUUCAGCUGGUCAAGACCUUCAAACACGUGUCUUACUUCGAAGACCUGUGGAAACUUGUGCGUGGUCUGGUGAGCAGUGGCGGUACUCUUUUUGCAGCCAUGAGCCUCAUUGUCUUCAACCUCUACGUUUUUGCAAUAUUUUGCUGUGAGUUGAUUGGAUUCCAGCAGUUCAGCUCCGAAGCUUCAGAUGAUGCAAAAGACGCACAAGAACGCUUCAAAGGCAUCUCUUCAUCGAUGCUGACCUUGACGAGAUUCAUGCAUGGAGAUGACUCCCAAGCAAUAAUGGAUGCCCUCGUCGAGGAGCUCCCCUACAUAUGGAUUUUCCUAUGGCUGUUUACGGCGCUCUCAUCCUUUGUUCUGUUGAAUUUGGUGACAGCCGUCAUUGUCCAGCAAGCCAUGGACAUGUCCAAAGGUGAUGAGCAAGAGAUGGCACUCGUGCGGAAAAGGGAGCAGGAACGAGAGAUGAAAGAGCUGGAAGAGAUGUUCCGGGACAUUGAUGAAGAUGGAAGUGGCAUUGUGAGUCUGGCAGAAUUUGAGGAGGCGUUUAAAGAUUCAGCAAUAUGUGACAAGUUUCUGAUGCUUGGGUUGAAGAAAGAGCAAGCGAUGGAGCUCUUUGCCUUGCUGGACACGGGCGGAGAGGGAGAAUUGGACCUUGACGAGUUCAUGCAAGGUAUGAGCCAGCUGAAAGGAGUCGCAAAGAACAAGGACUUGGUAAUGCUUGUGAAAGGCAUCGAGCGCCUUGGUAAAGGAAUCACAAGGAUGGGUCACAGCAUGGGUGUGAGUGGUCUUCAAGAUGAUGCACAGGACAGCCCUGAGAAGCUGAAGGAUCGAGUGGUGAAUCUUCGCAACAAGCUGCGGGAGCGUUUGCAGAAGACUGAGGAUGGGCUGCAGCGCUUUUCAGCCAGGAUGGACAAGAUGGCCGCUCAAGCUGAGGUUGCAAUCAAGCGAAUUAAGUCAGGUGGUGCCCCUCCAAGUCGCAAGGAUGACUUUGCUCGCAGCAAGACGAAAAGCAGAGACCACCUUGCCAUAGAAAAGAAGGCAAAGAGCGAAGACAGGAAAGAACGAGCAAAGGACAAAGAAGGCAAAGAGGGAAGGGACAGAGAAGCGAAAGAGGGCAAAGAAAGAGAAGCUGCAGCAAAAGAGGGAAGAGAAAGAGAAAGCAAAGAGGGCAGGGAGAGAGAAGGAAAAGAGGGGAGGGAAAAGGAAACAAAAGAAGGAAGGGAACCGGACACGAAGGAGGGGAGGGAGCAGAAGGAAUCGAAAGAGCGAAAGGAGCCUCGCGAAAAAAGAGAGAAGAAAGAACAUAAGGAGCGACGCAAAAAGAAACCAGAUGACGUGGAGGACGCUGAGGAGGUUGCUGAAUCUGGAUGAAUUGGAAAAAGGAAAAACUCUGAAUGAAUCUGAGGUGGUACAGUCGCGACCUUCACGAGUAGCUUUCAGCAGGGCAAGACGCAAGACUUUACAAUGGGUCUGAAAAGACUCCAUUUCAAAUCCAUUCAAAGUCCUCAUUAACAAACUUAAUGAACUUCUUUGCUCGGCAUGUUGCGCUGGUUGCUCAAUCGGCAGCGCAGCGUAGUGCUGAAGCAGGUGAGUGCCUGAGUGCACCACGAACACAUAGGCAGUCUUGAGCCGCUUGUGCUUUCGGUCAGUG